AUGGCGACACAAAAUAGUCAAGAAUUAAAAUUACUUUUUACUGUAUUCGAUGUUGAUAAUAGUGGAACAUUAACAAAAGAAGAACUUAAACAAUUACUUCAAUCACCUGAUCCGGAUGGUCCUGCAGUUUCAGAAGAACAAGUUACUGAAUAUUUAAGACUUGCUGAUACUGAUAAUAGUGGUGAUAUUUCCAUGGAUGAAUUUAUAACCUUUAUAAAUAAUAACGUUCCACAAGGUGCAUAUGGUUUGAAAAGUAUAUUUCGAACAAUUGAUAAAAGUGGUGAUGGUUUUAUUGAAAAAGAUGAAUUUGAACAAGUAAAGAAAACUAAUCAAAAUUUAAAUCAAAAUUUAAUUAAUAUAUUCGAUAAAAAAUUUGAACAUGAUGCAGUUAGUAAAAUUACCUAUGAACCUAGUGGUGAUAUUACUCUAGAAGAAUUUACAGUAAUGAUGAAUGAGUAUGUUCCAACAAGUACUCUUGGAUUACGUGAUUUAUUUAAUACAUUUGAUUUAAGUGGCGAUGGUUGUGUGGAUAAACAAGAAUUUGAACAGGUUAUGAAAGAAAAAGGCAAAGAAUUAAAUCAAGAUCAAAUUGAAAUAUUUAAUAAGAAAUUUCAACAAGAUGAAAAUUGCAAAGUUACUUAUGAACGUAUGUAA